GCUAGUACAAACCAACUGUUCCUUUGCGCCUCUGCGGGAAUUAAAAAUUUUCCUGAGAAAGCUCUAUCGUGAGUGAAUUUUCUCGCCGGCCAAACACCCUGCUCCACAUGUCCCCAUGGACACUCUAAUCUCCUCAGCUCUCGAGGAAAUCUGUUGCCGUGGCUCAACCGGCCUCUUGCUUUCCUCCCUCUGGUCUACCCUAACUCCCACGCCUGCUGUCUCCCUCAAAGCGUCUCUCUGGUCCAACCUUUUAUCUAUCUCUUCUAUUCAGUUCUUUGUCCCAGCAGAAGACUCUCCAUUUAGCGCCACCGACCCCAAAAUUCAGCGUUUUGAAGACGCUGAGAAGCUCAACUUGAAGAUUGUGGCUAACGAGCAUCUUAGGGAUUGCUUUGUUGGCCUUUAUGACACUCCUUCCUCCAGCAUUGGUCCUCUUCAGCGUCGCACUCUUGAACGGCUUGCUGUCGUUAGGACAAACGGAAUAACACAAAAUCAACUAGCUAAGGAAUUCGGCAUUGAAGGGAACAACUUCUUUUAUAGAGUUAGGAACCUUGAAUGCCGGCAAUUGAUUGUGCGAAAACCGGUCAUUGUGAAGACGAAAGAAGCUGACUGUGAAGGGGAGACUAAGAACAGUUCGGUUGUAAGUACCAAUUUAAUAUAUCUACCCCGUUAUGCAAAGCAUUUAGGUGUACAACAAAGAUUUGAGAUUAACAAAGAAGAACGCAAUUUGGGGGGUCCUGGGAAUGUAGAGGAAACUGAUGUAGGUGGAGAUGGUUUUGAGAGAGAGCCUUCUAAAGAUGAUGUACUUAUAAAGGAUUUUUUACCUGCAAUGAAGGCCAUUUGUGAUAAACUUGAGGAAGCUAAUGACAAGGUCCUUGUUGUCUCAGAUAUCAAACAGGCUCUUGGUUAUACCAGAACUCCUGGGCACAGAGCUUGGAGAAAUAUAUGUCGUAGGUUGAAAGAUGCUGGCAUUGUUGAGGAGUUUGAUGCUAAAGUGAAUGAAAAGGUUGAACGUUGCUUACGCUUGUUGAAGAAGUUUCCUUCAAAGAAUUUUGAGAACAAACCUCUUGGAUGUGGACAUGAUUGUGACGGAAAAAAAAUGGUGAAGUUUGGAAGAAGGUUUCAACAAACUGAGCAGCUUGUAGAACUUCCUAUUGACCAUCAAAUUUAUGAUAUGAUUGAUGCCAAAAGAACAGAAGGAGCGACUGUUAUUGAGGUAUGUGGGAGGCUUGGAAUUGAUAGGAAAAGGAGUGAUUCUCGGUUGCACAAUUUGUUCUCUAGGUUUGGGAUGCAUGUGCAGGCAGAAAACCAUAAUAAAACUGUAGCUUUUCGAGUUUGGACUUCUGAUUCUAAUACUGAGGAGUCAAAUGCAUUUCUAGAUAAAUCAAAAAUUGAUCUUGGUGGAAUUAACAAUUCUACUUUGAAUGUGAGCAAUCAUGAUGUUUCAGACAGAUCAACUGAAGCCUUGCUAGAGUACAAUCCUUCAACAUCUGAAGUUGAUUUUGCUGCCACUGGAAAACUGAAUAGUGGGGAAAUAAAUGCUGAACCAUGUCAAGGCUUGCCUAAGGAUGGUCCAACUAACCAUGUGCUCGACUGUCAUGACAAGGUGCCAGAGCUUCAUCACGAACCAAUGGAUACUGCUUCCGAUGCAAAACUUAAUUUAAUGAUUUCAGAAAUGGAGAUAAAUUCUGCAUCGUCCGAAACUACUUUGACGCUGCCUGAUUCUGGAUCAUCUUAUCCGUAUCUGCCUUUAACUACUGAUGGUGCCUUGAGGGAACAGAGGAUACUUGAAAGGUUACAGAAUGAGAAAUUCCUUUUAAAAGCAGAGCUUCAAAGGUGGCUUAUGAGUCUUGAGAAGGACAAGCACACAUCGAUGGACAGGAAGACUAUUGACCGGAUAUUAAAUAAGCUUCAGCAACAAGGACAUUGCAAAUGUGUGCAUAUAAAGCUCCCUGCUGUCACAAACUGUACCAGCGGGCGUCCCACUAUGGUUGUUCUGCAUCCAUCUAUUCAAAGUUUUCCUCCUGAACUACUUGGUGAAAUUCAUGAUAGAAUGAGGUCUUUUGAUAAACAAAUUCGUGUUCAGGCUUCAUCCAAGUUGAAGAUUAAGGAAUCAAUUCCUGUACUGAAUGGUGUCACAAGAACUCAGAUUCGCAGGGGUUCAGAUGAACAAGCUGUUAAAGCAGAAGCCAUGCGUGCCAAUGGUUUUGUGUUGGCAAAAAUGGUUCGUGCAAAACUGCUGCAUAAUUUUUUAUGGGGUUACCUGAGUAGUCUUCCUGGAUGGGAUGAUGUUUUAUUAACUGGCCCAUGUGAGCGUUCUUACAAGUUUCUUGCACUUGAAGCAGCUAUGAAGGCUGUUCCAGUUGAGCUAUUUUUAAAGGUGGUAGGGACUACUAACAAAUUUGAUGAUAUGAUUGCAAAGACCAGUAGAGGUUUGUGUCUAUCAGAUCUUCCUGUUGAAGAAUACAAACAGCUGAUGGAUACGCAGGCAACUGGAAGACUGUCAUUGAUAAUUGACAUUUUACGACGAUUGAAGCUGAUUCGUUUGAUACGCAAUGGGUAUUCAGAGGAUGGAUUCAAAAACCCUCAUGAGACUUUUAUGCAUGCAAUGGAGCUUAGACCUUACCUAGAAGAACCAUUAUCAGUGGUUUCAACAUCUAUUUUAAGAUCUCUUGAUCUUCGCCCAAGAAUCAGACAUGAUUUUAUCCUAUCAAAUCAAGAAGCUGUUGAUGAAUAUUGGAAAACUUUGGAGUACUGUUAUGCGGCUGCCGAUCCAAAAGCUGCCUUACAUGCAUUCCCUGGAUCUGUUGUUCCUGAGGUUUUCCACCCCCGUUUUUGGACCUCUGUUCGGGUUAUGUCUGCUCAUCAGCGUACUGAGCUCCUAAAUCGUAUAGGGAAGGAUGAUUUGAACAAAAAAAUUUCAUGUGAAGAUUGCGUAAACAUUGCAAGUGAUCUUAAUCUGUCCCUACAGCAGGUGCUUCGUGCCUAUUAUGGUAAGCACCAGCAACGUCUCAAUAUAUUUCAGGGUGUUGUGAAUGCCAAUGAGGAUCAUCAGACAUCAAAAAAGAAACUCUCUUCUAGAAAAAGAAAGAGAUCUUUAAAAGCAAGCUCAGUAAAGCGUGGAAGAGUUGAUGCUGUGAAGGAGAAGUUAAGUGAGGAGGGACCUGAUAUCGUUGACCAAUUAAUGGAGGAACAAGAACUUUACCCUUCAGAACAACAUGAAGAUCAUUUGCCACCAUAUCAUGAGGGCAAUAAUCAAGAAUCUGUGGAAGAGCCAGGAUCAAAUCAAGAUACAAAAUGUCAUUCUGUAUUAAGCCAAUAUGCUUGUUCAAAGUCUCGUUCAACACGCCAAAGGAGGUUUUCAUGGACUGAUGCAGAUGAUAGGCAACUGUUGAUCCAAUAUGCAAGACAUCGUGCAGUUCUUGGGGCAAAUAUUCACAAAGCUGAAUGGAAAAAAAUUCCUGACCUACCAGCUCCUCCAAUGACAUGUUCUAGAAGAAUGCAUUUAUUGAAGAAAAAUACAAAAUUUAGAAAAAUGCUUAUGAAACUAUGUACCAUGCUUAGUGAGAGAUAUGCAAAGUACCUGGAGCAAACCCAGAGUGCAUCUGUUGACAAGAAUGGUUGCAGAGUUCUUAUGCGAUGUUCAACAAGUGAAGGUGAUAAAUUCUCCAAUGGUCUUAAAAAUUCUACAGGAGCAGGUUUUGAGGAAGAGCGGUGGGAUGAUUUCAGUGAUGAGAGUAUUAAGAAAACCUUUGAAUGUGUUCUGUUGUACAAGAAAAAGGCUAAUUUUCAGGACUCUAAAAGAGUUGGAAAUGCUUCUGAAGAAUUGUCCAAUUUAAACACGAAUAUUGUAGGAUAUAGCACUGUGGAAUCUGAAUUGGUUUCAUCUAGUACUCUUAAUGAAAGCAUCCAUAAAGAUGGCCAGGGAAUAUUUAAAGAUUCUGGACAAAGAUUAAAACGUCAUCGCCUUCAUCAGAAGUUUAUCAAGUGUUUAAAUGAAGGAACUUUUGUUAGCACACAAGUACAUAAAUCAUUGGCAGUUUCAAAUGCAGUGGAGCUUUUGAAGCUUGUCUUCUUGUGCACCUCAGGGGCACCAGAUCUGCAAAAUCAUCUAGCAGAAACUUUGCGGCGUUAUUCGGAGCGUGAUCUUUUUGCAGCUUUUAGCUACCUCAGGGACAAGAAAAUAAUGAUUGGGGGUGAUGGUGGUCAACCCUUUGUGCUGUCCCAACAAUUCAUGCAAAGUGUUUCUAAAUCUGCAUUCCCAUCUAAUACUGGAAAAGAAGCAGCUAAAUUUUCUGGGUGGCUCCAUGAAAGAGAAAAAGAUUUGACAGAGAGGGGAAUUAAUCUUACUGCAGAUUUGCAGUGUGGGGAUAUUUUUCAGUUGUUUGCUCUAGUUUCUUCUGGUGAAUUGUCUAUUUCUCCAUGUGUUCCAGAUGAAGGUGUGGGAGAAGCUGAAGACUUAAGAAGUUUAAAACGUAGGGCUGAGGAUGAUGAACUUUGUGAUGUUGAUAAGGUCAAGAAAAUAAGAUCUUUGGCCGAUAGCGAACUCAUUUCUCGCAGAGAAAAGGGAUUUCCCGGUAUAACAGUACUUGUGCAUCGUACAAAACUUAUGACAGCUAAUGCUGUAGAAUUGUUCAAAGUGAGUUGUAUGGAUGAAUUUCAUCAGAAUGAUAAGUUCAAGGAAAUAUUGGGUCAGAAAAUCAGCUCUAGUUCAUUACAACGUGACAGUACUACAGAAGUCCCCAGUUUUGAUAGCAUUGAUCCUGCAGCAGGAUGGUCUAGCGAGUCACCUUGGGAAGCAAUGGUAGGUUAUGCAGAAUACCUGAUGGUGAAACCCUCUGAUCCAAAACAAGCAAGUCUCUUUAAUCCUGAGGUAUUUAGGACUGUUUUUAUGGCCAUUCAGAAGGCUGGUGACCAAGGUUUGAGUUUAGAAGAAGUUUCCCAAGUCGUGGGUGAAAAUGUGCAUGAACAAAUCAUUGAUGUGCUCCAAGCAUUUGGAUGUGUGUUGAAGGUCAAUGCCUAUGACACUGUUCAUGUUGUUAAUGCUUUAUAUCAUUCCAAGUACUUUUUGACCUCACUGGUGGGUCUCCAUCAAGAUCUUGAUCCACCGUUAGUAACCAAGUCCUUACAGAGAAGUGAGAAUGGUCAUUCAGUCUCCCAUUGUGAAGGUUAUGAUGUAGUUGGCUCUAGUUCACAGAAAGAAGCCAUCAUGAGGAAUCAUCAUGUGCACAAAGUUACAAUUCUUAAUCUUCCUGAAGAGUCUGUUCCCUCCAUUGAAACCCAAAGAAGCAAUGUCCAUGAAGGCAGCUUGCAAGAAAAAGUAAUUUUGCCGGGACAAAAUAAUGAUGGUGAAACGUGUAAGUUCUCCUCAAAGGAAUUACGUGUGCCUAUAUUACCAUGGAUAAAUGGAGAUGGUAGCAUCAACAAAGUUGUCUAUGAUGGACUUGUACGCCGUGUUCUUGGUAUUGUGAUGCAAAGUCCUGGGAUACUAGAGGACAACAUUAUCCACCAGAUUGAUGUAUUGAAUCCCCAGUUAUGCAGAUGUUGAUGACAUUCCUGGGCUUUACAUCCAUCGUUGAUGUUUAGUGUUUGUGCUUCUUUCUGUAGAGCUGUCGGAGUCUGAUGGAAUUAAUGAUUUUGGAUAAGCACCUGAUUGUGAGAAAGAUGCAUCAAUCUACAUCAAGUGGGCCCCCUGCCUUGCUAGGAACCCUCCUUGGGAGCAGCUUCAGAGAAUCAAAGUCGGUGUACCGUAAACAUUUAUUUGCCAAUCCCAUGUGUGCAUCAUAUCUGUAGGAAAGUUGAAAGCAGCUUCAUUUCAAAUAUUGUAUUCAUCACAGAUAGUGGGAGUAGGAUGAGGUUUUCUCAGAAAGUGCAAGUACCCUAAUUGUAUUAUAUUUAUAAAGUAAACAAUGCUAAAUGUAUAUUUAAUUGGCUAGAAUUUGUAAUUUAAGAAUCUUAAGUUGUUGACAUCUGUAAUGUACAGCACUGCAUUCUAGCAUCCAGUGCUGUUCACAUUUUGGAUGGAACCAACAGACCAACCCAAAUUGAACCAAGUUUUUGGUUUGAAUCACAAGUCAGAUUGGUUGAA